AUCACGGAAUGGGGCUAUGGGACAGUUGCUCGUGUACGAGGUUCCGUGUGAUAUCGUGGUUAGUGUUUACUGUUUGUGUUUUGUGCUUAUUGCAUACAUUGUCAACUGCUUCUCACGAGGUACACAAAUGCAGUUAAUAAAGAUGGUUUAUCGAAGCAGAUUUCUAAAUAAAUCGUUGCAACCGGUAACUGAGUAACGGUGCUAAACCUGACGCGAGGUCCUCACCCGCGUUAGGUGCCGUGUGGGCCACCUAUCCGCGUCCAAGCUGUGUCGAGGCAUUCAAGUCAUGGUAUCGAGGUUCGACACGAACUUCGGUUGUGAAGACUUUUUCGGGACUUAUCGUUGCAUCCAAGACAUGGCUUGUGAUCGUGGUGAUUCAGACUUCGAGUUCGUCAUACCUCCAGAGGCGCCGGUUUUCGAACCGAGUAUCGAAGAGUUUCACGACCCUCUUGGCUACAUUGCAAAAAUACGACCGAUCGCAGAGAAGUCUGGCAUUUGUAAGAUCAAACCGCCGCCUAAUUGGCAGCCACCAUUUGCUGUUGAUGUAGAUAAAUUCAAAUUUGUUCCGAGAAUACAAAGGCUAAAUGAAUUGGAGGCAAAAACCAGGAUAAAACUUAAUUUCUUGGAUCAAAUUGCAAAAUUUUGGGAACUUCAAGGUUCAUCUUUAAAAAUCCCCCUUGUUGAACGCAAGGCUCUUGAUUUAUAUUCUUUACAUAAGAUAGUUACCGAUGAAGGAGGAAUUGACACAGUUACGAAGGAAAGGAGAUGGGCAAAAAUUGCAAAUAAAUUAGGUUAUCCUUCUGGUCGUAGCGUUGGAAGUAUUCUAAAAAAUCACUAUGAACGUAUUUUGUAUCCAUUUGAUGUGUUUAAACAAGGAAAGACAUUGGCAGAUCUUAAAAUUGAACCAGAUUCUAAUGUAAAUGAGAAAAAAGAUAGAGAUUAUAAACCACAUGGAAUUAUAUCACGGCAACAAAUUAAACCCCCACCUGAGAAAUUUUCCCGUCGUUCUAAGAGGUUUAGUGGUCAAGAAGAAAAGCAGGAAGUAUCUAUGAAACAAGAGGAUUGUAAAGAGGAAUGUGAUUCUGACAAUGAUUGUAAAGAUGGAAUUAGAAAUAAACAAUACGAUGAUAAAGAUAAUAGUAAAGAACUUAAAAAAUUACAGUUUUAUGGACCUGGCCCAAAAAUGGCUGGAUUUAAUACCAAAGAAGGAAAAAAAUCAAACAAGACUAGAGGCAUAAAACUUAUUUAUGAAGUCGACCCAUUGGCAAAGUAUAUUUGUCACAAUUGCGGAAGAGGUGAUAAUGAAGAAAACAUGCUUUUAUGUGAUGGAUGUGAUGAUAGUUAUCAUACUUUUUGUCUUAUGCCACCAUUGACAGAAAUACCAAAAGGUGAUUGGAGAUGUCCAAAGUGUGUUGCUGAAGAAGUUUCCAAGCCAAUGGAAGCAUUCGGAUUUGAGCAAGCACAAAGGGAAUAUACACUUCAACAAUUUGGAGAAAUGGCUGACCAAUUUAAGAGCGAUUAUUUUAACAUGCCUGUGCAUAUGGUGCCUACAUCACUAGUAGAAAAAGAAUUUUGGCGAAUAGUUUCUUCAAUUGACGAAGAUGUAACAGUUGAAUAUGGCGCAGAUCUACAUACAAUGGAUCACGGGUCGGGAUUUCCAACAAAAACAAGUGUCAAUUUGUUUACAUGUGAUCAAGAAUAUGCUGAAUCCUCAUGGAAUUUGAAUAAUUUACCAAUUUUACGAGGAAGUGUAUUAGGUCAUAUAAAUGCUGAUAUUAGUGGUAUGAAAGUUCCAUGGAUGUAUGUUGGAAUGUGUUUUGCAACAUUUUGUUGGCAUAAUGAGGAUCACUGGAGUUAUUCAAUCAAUUAUCUACACUGGGGAGAGCCGAAAACAUGGUAUGGUGUACCAGGUUCUGAAGCGGAACGAUUUGAACACUCAAUGAAAUCGGCUGCACCAGAAUUGUUUCAUAGUCAACCAGAUUUACUUCAUCAGUUAGUUACUAUUAUGAAUCCAAACAUUUUAACGAAUGAAGGCGUUCCUGUAUUUAGAACUGAUCAACACGCGGGAGAAUUUGUAGUGACAUUUCCGAGAGCGUAUCACGCAGGUUUUAAUCAGGGUUACAAUUUUGCUGAAGCCGUGAAUUUUGCUCCCGCUGAUUGGCUCAAAAUUGGACGAGAUUGUAUAACGCAUUAUUCAAAUUUAAGACGAUUUUGUGUAUUUUCUCAUGAUGAAUUGGUGUGUAAAAUGUCAUUGGACCCAGACUCAUUAGAUAUAGGAAUUGCAACCGCAACUUACCAUGAUAUGCUUCAAAUGGUAGAUGAUGAGAAGAAACUACGGAAGAAUCUGUUGGAGUGGGGUGUAACAGAAGCAGAACGAGAAGCAUUUGAACUUUUACCGGACGAUGAGAGACAGUGUGAAGCUUGCAAGACAACUUGUUUUUUGAGUGCAGUUACAUGUUCAUGCCAAAGUUCUCAAUUAGUUUGUUUAAGGCAUUUCACAGAUCUUUGUGAUUGUCCUCCAGAUAAGCAUACAUUACGUUAUCGCUAUACUCUAGACGAAUUACCAAUUAUGUUACAAAAAUUAAAAUUGAAAGCAGAGUCAUUUGACUCCUGGGUGACAAAAGUAAAAGAGGCAAUGGAUCCUGAUAAAAAGAGUGAUAAAAUUGAAUUAAGUGAAUUAAAAGAACUGUUAAAUGAAGCAGAAAGUAAAAAAUUUCCAGAAAGUGAAUUGCUUACAGCUUUAACAACUGCUGUACAAGAUGCUGAAAAAUGUGCAAGUGUUGCACAACAACUUUUGAGUAAUAAACAACGUACCAGAACCAGACAAUCUGUUGAAACUAAGUACAAGCUUACAGUAGAAGAAUUAACACUUUUUUAUAAAGAAAUAACAAAUCUGUGCUGUGAACUCAAGGAGUCUGAUGGUGUAAAAUUUAUACUUGAUCAAGUAUUGCAAUUUCAAACAGAAGCAGAAGAACUAGAAUCUAAAGAGGAUGAUUGUGAUAUUGAACAGUUGGAAAGAUGUAUUGAAUUUGGAGAUUCUAUUUGUAUUGAACUACCUCAACUUAUACAUUUGAGACAAAAAUUAACACAAAUACAAUGGCUUGAGGAAGUAAAGUCUGUUCAAGAAGAUCCAAAGUCAGUACAUCGUGAUGAUUUAGCAAAAUUAAUUGAGAAAGGUAUGAUAAUGCCUCCUCAUUUAAGUAUAGAAAAUACUCUCUCAGAGUUGCAAGCAUUAAUGCUUGCAAUUGAUGAUUGGGAAGAAAAAGCAAAAUUAUAUUUCCAUACAAAAAAUAGACAAACUAUUACAUCUCUCGAAGAAUUCAUUCGUGAAGCUGAUAAAGUAGAAGCUUACCUACCAAGCUUAGAUGUCCUUCAAGAUACAUUAAACAAAGCAAAAAAUUGGACAAAAAUAAUGGAAGAGAUACAAGCAAGAGAUAACUUUCCAUACUAUAAUACGCUAGAUGAUUUAAUAAAAAAAGGUAGAAAUAUUCCACUGCACCUAGAUGCUCUUCCAAUCUUAGAAUCUACUCUUUCACAAGCAAAAACCUGGAAAGAAAGGACAGCAAGAACAUUCCUAAGGAAAAAUUCACAUUAUACUUUAAUGGAAGCUUUAUCACCACGAAUUGGCGUUGGUAUACAAGCGUUAAAAGCUAAAAAGAGUAAAAAUGAAGAUUCUAUAGGACCUGUAUUUGUCUGUGAUACAAAAUUGGAUGAUUCCAAUGAUUCAGCUACCGUUGUAGCUGCGUUUAAAUUAGCUGAACAACGCGAAAUGGAAGCGAUGCGAAAUUUAAGGGAAAGAAACUUAAUGAAAACCGAAAUUGACGAUUCAAGGUAUUGUGUUUGUCGUCGACCAAGAUUCGGGCUCAUGCUUCAGUGUGAGCUUUGUAAGGAUUGGUUUCACUCAAACUGUGUACCUUUACCAAAGACAUCGUAUAAAGGGAAAUUUCCAAUGUCAAGAGAAAUUAAAUUUUUAUGUCCAUGUUGCUUACGUUCACGACGGCCACGGUUAGAAACGAUUCUUGCACUUUUAGUUAGUCUUCAAAAGAUUCCUAUUCGUUUACCAGAAGGUGAAGCAUUACAAUGUUUAACGGAACGUGCAAUGAAUUGGCAGGAUCGAGCUCGACAGGCACUAGCCACAGAUGAAAUUUCAUCUGCACUGGCAAAAUUGUCUGUGUUAUCACAGAAAUUAGUGGAAGCAGCUGCAAGGGAAAAGACAGAAAAGAUUAUUAGCAGCGAACUGAAAAAGGCAGCAAAUAAUCCUGAAUUACAUCAGAGAGUACAAGCAAUUGCCCCACUCAGUGGUGUGCAUUCAGAUGAUAGUGUAGUUAGUAUCGCGGAUGAUGAUGACGACGUUGUUACUAUAGAUGACGAUGAGCCAAGUUGUAGUACAUUCAAUAGUAACGAACAUGCGUAUUCCUAUAUAUCAAAAAUUCAGCGUAAAACACAAUCAAAUGAUGCAACGGAAAUUGCGGUUGUACUUUCACAAACAGCAAGGUUACGUCUAGAGGAACUGAUGAUGGAAGGCGAUUUAUUAGAAGUUGCACUUGAUGAAACACAACACAUCUGGCGUAUACUAUGUCAUACAAAUAGUCCUAGUACGGUUCGAAAGUAUGCAUCAUACGAGGAAGUUCAAACUAACUUGAAUCAGGAUAUAAAGGAUGUAAAAAAGCGUGGAAGAAAAAGAAAAUCCGACGAAUUCGAAUUAUUGAAAAAAAUUGGAAGACAAAAAAUAGAAGAAAAGAAUUUAGCUAAGCGCAAAACAUUGCAGAAAGAAAAAAAAUCAGCUAGUUCUCUAGUUCCAAUAAAGCGCGGACCUCGAAAGAUGAAACGUAAAGAAGGAGAAGAAGGCCCAAAGAAAAGGGGUGGUAACAGGAAAAAGACCAAACAGGAUACUUCAGACGAAGAAGAUGAUUGUGCGGCUGUUAAUUGCUUACGACCUAGCGGUAGGGAAGUUGAUUGGGUACAGUGUGAUGGUGGCUGUGAAGGUUGGUUCCACAUGCAUUGUGUUGGUUUAGAUCGUACAGAAAUUGCAGAGGAGGAUGAUUACAUAUGUAGUAAUUGUAAAGAAGCAGAGCAAAAUUCAACGUCAAGAGCGCCAGAUCCCCUAGCUGAAUCAUUAGGCCUGGAUGCACUUCUUUCCCUUUCUCAAUCUCAGGGAUACCAGGGCACAGAUAGUGAAGCAGACAUUCAAGAAACCACAUCCUUCGUCAAGACUUACUAGCCUACUUUACCUUGUUAGCUCUGUACAAGGCUAGGAUGUUUAUCAAUUCAAUUGGCUGGGAACUUACAGCCCGACAAUUAAUAUCAUCUACAAUCAUCAUUCAGUCAGUUGGUACUGCAGAUUAUCGGAUGCUGUUCGAUUACUGUUGCGAGCGGAUAUUGGAGAUAAAGUAUUAUAAUGCGGUCGAAUUGCAAUCUUGACGAUUAUGAAUAUUAUUUUUUUAUUUUGAUUUGGUACCCUGUAGAGAGGUAUCAACUUUUUGUAUGUAUUAUAUUGCAUUGUAUUUUAUUUUUCUAAGAUAAAACAGUUGUUUAUUAAGAAGAUUUGUUGUUCGAGUCCAAUACAUUUAUUUAUACUGGAGGAAAACUAAUUUCAUGCAUUAAUAUUUAAUAUUAAUUUAUAACAUGAAAACCUGCUUGCUUUUAAUCAAAAUAAGAUAUUAACUUCGAAUUAAGUACACGAUUUUGAUUAAAAAAACCUUUUAAAUUGUAAUACAUAUUGUACAGAUCAAGUAUCGCGGAUGAACCGUGAUAUACUACUUUGUGGUUUACAUGGGAUUUUAGAAAACAGUUAUUUUGCAUCUCAUUGUAACUCUUAUUUCUUAUCUCUCGCUGCGACGGUCGAUAGGAAAUACAGGUUUUGCGAGACCAACGACUGUUGAAUAAUUAACGAUAUGCAUUAGCAUUAUUCAUAAUGCGAUCUAUAGUGUGAAUGUGACGCUCUUUUCCUAAAUAACACAUGGAAAAGAUAAAAAAAUGUAAAAGAUAACGAAGAAAGGAAAGGAGGGCAUAGCUUGAUCUAAUGAUUUAGACGAUCUGUGACAAAAAAGAAAUAUUAGCGACGGCGAUAACAUGUAUAACAAAGAGAAGUCACCUCAGAUUACUUCUAUUCGAAGAAAUAUUCCGUCGGUUUUUGUAUCGGGUUUUAAUUGUAAUGGUGUAAGAGAAUUUCCCUUGCGCUAAAAUAGUAUGUACAGAUAGACUGACGUAUGUGUGUAUUAAGGUAGAUAUUAUACAUAUACAUAUACAUACAUAUAUAUAUGUAUGUAUAUGUAUCUUUUAUAUAUAUAUAUAUUAUAUAUAUAAAUAUAUAUAUAAUAUAUAUAUAUAUAUAUAAGAAAUUAGGGUGAAAUAUAGAACUAAGUCACAGUUUGUAUAAAACAAUGAAUUGACACGCAGAUACAUAGCAUAUCUAAAUCUGCCUUCCUGAAAUAAUUGAUCGCAAUUAAUUGGAUUUUGGACCAGAGUGUACAACUUAUAUAAUUUAUACAAAUUUGUAAAUCAUUUAAUUUUUCGUUUCAUUUCAUCUUUCUUAUCACAAACAUCUAGAAUAUCGUUUUAUAUUAUGGUAUUAUUGAUUUCAUCAAACAAUUCCCGAAUGGCCUAAAAAAAUACAUUUCAUAAUGUAAAUUCUAUUUGUAGUAUUAUAAAAUAUUAAUUUCUUACGAUUUCAAACGAUUAACAGAUAAAAAUGUUUGUUUCAAUCCUUAUGAUUGUAUUACGCUUUGUAAUAUUUAAUAGGUCAAUAACUUUAUACCUUGGUGUGCUGAUCCUUUCAUUUUAUACGCUCAACGUUAGUUCGCGUUCAACAUUUAAAACUGCUAAUUGUCCUAUAUUGUUAACAUUUACAUGGUGUAAUGCAUCGUUGUAGUAUAAUUAAAGCUUACUUAUUACUUUGUACAUUAAAGUAUUAUAAAAUCACUAAAUGUUAUAAAGACGAUACUUAUACUAAUGAUAAAAUAUAUUCCGUAAUAAACCAUUUUAUAAAUGUUGUAAGUGUUGCAAAUAUGGAUCUCAUUCUCGAUAAAAAAAGAAAAAAACGGAAAAACGUAAGAGAUACGUUGUUAUCCAUUGGUGUGAAAUAUAGGUUACGAAAUGUAAUUUGUGUAUUUAAUGUUGACUCUGGUACAAAACCGUGUUUCGUAUAUAAGUUAAUAAUUACAUUUUCUAAUUAUUUUUUAAUAUGAUUCUUGAACUGGCUUUUUUGUUCUUUUUUUUAUUUAUACAUAAAAAUUGAAUAUACUUAACUCUUGUGCAAAAGUGUUAUGUGCGUGUCUCUAUCUACUAAUGUGGUUUUUUUUGCAUGAUAUGCCAAGAAAAACUGCAUUGUGUAAAGAAAAGAAAUAACUUUAUUGUGGGUUUAUCGAAGAAGCUGUGCUCACAGCAUGAGAAAUUUUGUAUAUUUACUUGUUAAAGAAAACGAACUUCAAUCAUUGAGUUUCCAUAUGAACUAGAAGCUAUAUGAAUGCAUGUUAUGUGUGAGAUGACACGGCGUACAGUGUGUUUUAAACAUUUGCAUAUCAAAACAUACGAUUCGAAUCGUCGAUGUUAGCAUAAAUUGAAUGAAUUUUGUUAACGAAUGUUCCACUGUUAGUUGCCGUAGCUUAAGGAAAUAAUAAUUGCUCGAUCAAUGGUUAACAGAAUUCAUUUUAAAAUAACAGUAGCUAUAGGAAAAUACCAACAUAUUAUAUUAUAUAUAAUCCACGAUUAGUAUGUUGCGCGUUUUGUUUAAAACAGACUGUAGGUCAAAGAUUCAAUGAGACAUGUGUACACAUAUAUAUUUUUGUACAGAUAUGAAAAAAGCUCGAUAAUCUCCUUGAUUAUCGUUCCUGGCUACGCGGGAAUGCAGUGAAUUUCUAACGAUAGUGUUGUUUUCGCGUUUAAAUUUUUCGAAAUAUGAAUUUUAUUUGUUUCUUUUCGUAAUAAAAAUAAUAUAUAUAUAAUAAAUAAUAAUGUAUAUAUAUAUAUCAUAUCGUAUAUAUAUGAUAAUGUAUAUAUAUUAUUUUAUAUUAUGUAUAAUAUAUAUAUAUAUAUAUGUAUACAUAUGUACGUACAUUGGUUAUUGUAUUUUAUACAAAGUACUUAGGAUCAUUUUUUAUUGAUCGAGAUAAGCAUUGAAAAAAAAGAAAGAAAAGGAAAAGAAGAAAGAAACGAAUAAUAAAAUUAUAUGCUUUAUGAGGUGGUACACUAUCAUUAAAAAUACAUUGUGAGACUAGUGACAUAAAA